ACACCCGUCUCUACAGAAACGCCGAAACCCGAGUCCACACAGCAACAGUCAAAGCAGUCGGCCAAUGAUGACUCGGACGAUGAAUCAGACUUUGACGAGUUGGACGAGGUUCUCGAUGACUUCAAACCAAAAGCCCAAGCAGAGACCCCCGCACCGCAACCCCCCACCCCCAAUGCCGCCGCUUCCUCCGGGACCCAAGACGUCGAUGAGUUUGACUUCAUGAGCCAACUUGAGAAGGACAUGGCAAAUAUGAUGGGCAAAGCAGCCCAACAGUCCGGCGCCUCGGACCAACAAGGCUUCGAAAACACCAUUAACCAGGGCGCAGAUGCUUUCACAAAGCAAUUAGAGGAUAGCGGGAUCGCGCCCGGUGACUUCAUCAAACAGCUUUUAGCGGAUGUGAUGGCGGAGGAGGAGGGCGAGAAGGGGAAGGAACAGGGACAGGGUCCGUCGUCAUCUACAGGGGCCGCUGCUGCAGCGGCGGCGGCGGCGGCUGCAACAACAACGACAACAGAUACAGCGAGUGAAGCCGGAGCGGGGCCCGAGUCAUUCAAUGAUGCAAUCCAGCGGACAAUCAACCGGAUGCAAGAAUCGGGUGAUAAGGCAACGGCGGCAGCGUCGGAAGACAACACGGACGAUCUCAUCGCGCAACUCCUCAAGGCCAUGGAGGCAGGUGGCGACGGAUCUGGCGGUGAUGACGGCGAUAUCACAAAGAUCUUCAUGGGGAUGAUGGAGCAACUGUCUAACAAGGACAUGCUAUACGAGCCGAUGAAGGAACUCGACACGAAAUUUGGUCCUUGGAUCCAAGAUAAUAAGGGCAAGGGGAAAGUUAGCCAGCCCGAUAUGGAGCGCUACGAGAAUCAAGCGGAGUUAGUGAGGCAGAUUGUGAAAAAGUUUGAAGAACCGGGAUAUACGGAUGAAGAUCCCAAGUGUCGCGAGUAUGUGUGGGAGAAAAUGCAGGCUAUGCAAGCUGCCGGUAACCCACCAGACGAACUCGUCGCCAAUCCUUGGAUGGAUGAUCUCAAGGGUGGCGGUGUUCCUGACUGCCCGCAGCAAUAA